AGUGACUCGCCUCAGACACGAACAUAAAGAAUAAGAACCCUUUUAAAAAUUUUUAUCUGCAGCAUACAUCAUCGUUAAUAAAUCAUCAUGGAAAAAAAAGAAUCCAAGAAACCAUCGAGUAGACUGUUAGGAAUGAAGUUUAUGCAAAGAUCUCUUGAAAAGGAAGUACAAGAGCAGCUAGAAAGAGAACGCAAAAGAGUGAUUUCAGAAGCUGAAUGGGUGUUAGACACAAAGGAUAUCGAAAUACAGAAACCUAAAAUCCAAAUAGAGUAUCAGCCUAGUUAUCUUGCCUUUACAGCAGACGCAGCCGUAGGAAGGAAGUCAUUUAAAAGUUUCAAUAAGCAAAUCGAGAAAAAUGAUGAAGAGAGAAAAAUAGCAGAAAGAGAGAGUCGUGAACGCGAACAAGAAGAGGCACAGGAAGAGUCUGAAAAGGCAUUUAUAAGUGAUAUGGCAUCUAUUCGAUCAGUAAAGAAGAAAUCCAAAAAGAGAAAAGCAAAGGACACAGAUGAUCAACCAAGGAAGCAAUCCAAGAUGGGAUUCAUCAAACCAGAAUAAUAAAGAGAGUUUUAAAAAGAAGAAUUUUGUUUAUUCAUGCUAUCAUAUACAUAGAAGCUACAAUAAAGAAUACUAUGCUGUUACCAUAGGGAUGGUAACAAGGUUACGUGA